CCACGCAGCACUUCACCAGACCAAUCAGAGGGCUUCCUUGUCAAAACACUUCCGCUUUUCGCUCCAACCUGUCUUUCCACCGGGGUGGUGCGUGUGAGCGGCUUUCGCUGAAGUGUGCAGCACGCUGACUGUAACGAGAAAACAGAAAUAAAGAUGCCUCCAAAGAAGGGAGAAGCCCCAAAACAACCCCAGUUGAUUGGACGCUUUGGGACCUCGCUUAAAAUCGGAAUUGUUGGGUUGCCAAAUGUUGGGAAAUCCACCUUCUUCAAUGUGUUGACCAAAAGCCAAGCGGCAGCUGAGAACUUCCCCUUCUGCACCAUCGACCCCAAUGAGAGCAGAGUGCCUGUUCCCGACGAACGUUUUGAUUUCCUCUGCCAGUAUCAUAAACCAGCCAGUAAGGUACCAGCUUUCCUGAAUGUGGUGGACAUUGCCGGUCUGGUGAAGGGGGCUCACUCGGGACAAGGACUGGGGAACGCUUUCCUGUCCCAUAUCAGUGCCUGCGAUGGCAUCUUCCACAUGACCCGUGCCUUUGACGACGAGGACAUUAUCCACGUCGAGGGUAACGUGGACCCAGUUAGGGACAUCGAGAUUAUUCAUGAAGAGCUACGGUUAAAGGAUGAGGAGGCCAUCGCACCCAUCAUUGACAAGCUGGAGAAGACGGCCGUCAGAGGCAGCGACAAGAAACUUAAACCAGAAUAUGACAUCAUGUUGAAGGUGAAGAGCUGGGUGGUGGAUGAGAAGAAACACGUGCGGUUUUGCCAAGACUGGAAUGACAAAGAGAUCGAGGUUCUGAACAAGUACCUGUUCCUGACAUCCAAACCCAUGAUCUACCUGGUCAACCUCUCGGAGAAGGAUUACAUCAGGAAGAAGAACAAGUGGUUGGCCAAAAUCAAGGAGUGGGUGGAUGCUCAUGACCCCGGUGCCAUGGUGAUCCCUCUCAGCGGAGCCUUGGAGUCCAAACUGUUUGACAUGGAGGAGGAGGAGCAGAAGAAAUACUGUGAGGAGCACAAGACACAGAGUGUUUUGACCAAAAUAAUAAAGACCGGCUAUGCAGCACUACAGUUGGAGUACUUCUUCACAGCGGGACCAGAUGAGGUUCGAGCGUGGACCGUUCGGAAAGGCAGCAAAGCUCCUCAAGCAGCCGGAAAGAUCCACACCGACUUUGAGAAGGGUUUCAUCAUGGCCGAAGUGAUGAAGUACUGCGACUUCAAGGAAGAGGGCAAUGAAUCUGCAGUCAAGGCGGCUGGGAAAUACAGGCAACAGGGCAGGAACUACGUGGUGGAGGACGGUGAUAUUAUCUUCUUCAAAUUCAACACACCCAACGCACCUAAGAAGAAAUAAGCGCGCCAAAGGAAAACAACCAGAGGGACACAUAACGUUGGUCAGAACGGAGCUUUUACAUCUGGUCGCCUCAUAAAUGGCACACUGACUGUAUCAUGGAUCUUAUCAAAGUCUUUCAUCUCCAAUUUGGACAUGGAACAUGAGUAUUAAGUAUGCUACUUUCCACCUAAGUUUGGUUGUAUUCUAAUUUUAUUCAGCUAUAUUUUGUUAAAUUAAGGCAAAAUACGACCGGGGGGCCCAACUUAUUAUUUUAGAGCGUGCCAUAAAGACCAACAGAAGAGAACAUUAUCCACACCGCUUUUUAUUCAUACCUGACGGCCCUACCCUCUGUGUGAUGGGGAACAACUUUAACUGUGGACUGUAAGCUGACGCUUGUUCCAAGGAGGGGAGCUGAAUAUCUGAACUCAUGUCAUCCUCAUCUUUGUGCAUGUUUCAAUAAAAAGCACCAAAACCUU